CGUGAGUUUUCGUAGUUGUCAAAACUCGGGUAGUUGAAAAUUUUACUUAUUCUUGGUCCAGAUUCCCGAAAAACGUAUACGUAAUUCAAGAAAUUUGUGUUUAUUAUUUGUUACAAGAGAUUAUUUCCUGAAUUCCAAUUACACAACAUAUAGACAAAUAUAUACCAAUAAAUAAAAAAUUGAAUCACGUAAAUUUCAACUCGCGAAUUUUUUUCGGAAACCGCAAAUAGAAAAUAAUGUCCGAAGAUGGCAGCAAGAAACCUGAUGUUCCAUCGGGGUGCAACUCUGGCGACCAAGAGCUGGAUGACUUGCUCGAUAGCGCUCUAGAAGAUUUCAGCAAACAUAAAGAGGAAAAUGGAAAGCCCGUGAGCGGAGAUAAUCAGCAACAUGACGAUCCUCCAACUGAACAACUAUGGAAUGAAGAGUUCAUCACUUCACAGGCUAAAAUGUUUGAGGAGAAGAUGGCAGCGUUAUUUGGUGGAGGAGAAACAGUUGACGCUGACCAGAUCACUCUGGGAUUUCAGCGUAUUGCUGAAGCCGCAGCAAUGGCUGUACGUGCAGCACCAGCAACUGUUCCGGCAGAUAAUAUAGAUCCUUCUGUCAGCCAAAGUAUUACUGAUGCGCUGAAGGGUUUGAGCGAAGGACGAGAAAACUUGCAGACACCGUUUUCCCCUGAGGACAUUGCUGGUAUGUUUGGGAAUAUCGACUUGAAUGAGAGCGGCGAAAACAAUGCGUUUUUGCCAUUCAUGCAAAACAUGAUGCAGAGUUUGCUGUCGUCGGAAGUGCUACUGCCUAGCUUAAAAGAUCUAACAGAAAAGUAUCCGGAAUGGUUGAGAGAAAAUGGCGAUAAAAUACCGAAAGAAGAUAAGGAACGUUAUGAAAAGCAGCUCAAACUAAUGGAAGAUGUUUGCCGGGAACUAGAGAAAGAGAAACCAGAUGAUUCGGCAGAAGUAAAAAGGGUUCGGUUUCAAACGGUACUAGAUAUGAUGCAAACCAUGCAGGAUUUAGGUCAACCACCUGCUGAUCUUGUAGGAGAUCUCGGACCUGGAAACUUGAAUUUGCCAACGAUAGACCCGUCGACUUUCAGUGACCCCAACCAAUGCGCUACAAGUUAAUAAGUUUAGAUUUAAAUGGUCAGGAAGGUAAUGGUUUUAGGUACUCCUCGAGAGUACGAAAUUUUUCGUUAUUAUUUCGAUGCUUUCAACGGUAUAUAUUUUUUGCAAGUUCUUUGCUGCGGCAUUACUGUUUGUUAAGUAGUAAAAUUUCAUUUUAAAAUCACGUUAUAGGUAUUCCUAUUGCCUUUAGGUGACUAGAAGUAAAAUUUUACGCCUUACCGUACAUGAGCAAUAGUUGAUUCAGUGUGAUUACUGAUUAUUUGCAGAUGAGUAUAUUUAUACUUCUAAUAAACGUAUAAUUCUGAUAU